GAAGACGAGGACAGUUUUAGCGAGUCUAAAAGUGAUGCAGAUUUUGAAGCUGCUUUAGAGGAAGCCCAGAAUGCUACACCACCAUCAAAGAGUGAAUCAAAAAAGAAAAGUAAAACAAAGAAAAGUAAGAAAAAGAAAAAAACAAAAACAACGGCUAGUUUUCCAAGUUCUGAUGCAGAAAACGAUGGCUAUGAGACUGACCAUCAAGAUUAUUGUGAGGUUUGCCAGCAAGGGGGAGAGAUCAUUCUCUGUGACACCUGUCCUCGGGCUUAUCACCUGGUGUGUUUGGACCCUGAGCUGGAAGAGGCCCCAGAAGGGAAAUGGAGUUGUCCCCACUGUGAGGGAGAAGACAUUCAAGAGCAAGACAACGAUGAACACAUGGAAUUCUGCCGGGUAUGCAAAGAUGGUGGAGAACUCUUGUGUUGUGAUAGUUGCCCGUCAGCAUACCACACCUUUUGCCUGAAUCCCCCUUUGAAGAACAUUCCUGAUGGAGAGUGGCAUUGUCCUCGCUGUUCCGUGGAACCAUUAAAAGGAAAAGUGAGUAAAAUCUUGACUUGGCGAUGGGCUGAGUCUCCCAAGUCUGAAGGUGAAGAACCUAAAAAAGAGGAAGCAGAUAAAGAUGACAUUCCUGCAGCUCAGCCAUCCACAAGCAAAAAAAUUCAACCUAAACCAAUGCGAGAAUUUUUUGUCAAGUGGUCAGAUAUGUCCUACUGGCAUUGUUCCUGGGUGUCCGAACUACAGUUGGAGGUUUACCAUCCAUUCGUAUAUCGUAUGUAUUGUCGAAAAAAUGACAUGGAUGAACCGCCACCUUUGGAUGACGGGAGUAGCAUUGAUAAUUACAAGAAGAGGGAGACUCCGCGUGAUGAUCCACACAAUCUAGAAGAAAGAUUUUACCGCUAUGGGAUCCAGCCAGAAUGGCUACAGGUUCACAGAGUUAUUAACCAUAAAACUCUCAAAGAUGGUCGUACCAAGUACCUUGUUAAAUGGAGGGAUCUACCUUAUGAUCAAUCAUCAUGGGAAUUUGGUGACAAUACUGGGGAAUUUGAAAUUCCAGAUUUGCAACAAGCAAUCGAUGUCUACUGGGAACUCAGAAAUGCUGCAGAUUUAGGCUUAACUAAGAAACCCAGUAAAGGAAAAGGCAAGAACAAGAAAUCUAAAGAUCACAUACAUGACGAGAAAGAAGACUCAAGACUAUCCGAGAAACCUAGAGAAAAGCCAACAAUAGAUCCACGGAAAAAAUAUGAAAAGCAACCAGUUUAUAUUGACGUUACUGGAUGUGAGCUCCAUCCGUACCAGCUAGAAGGUGUAAACUGGCUGAGAUUCUCUUGGGCUAAUAAAACGGAUAUUAUACUGGCUGAUGAGAUGGGCUUAGGAAAAACUAUCCAGACUAUUGUGUUUUUAUAUUCCUUGUUUAAAGAGGGUCAUUGCCGAGGUCCAUUUCUCGUCGGUGCUCCGCUUUCAACUAUAAUCAACUGGGAGAGAGAGUUUGAAAUGUGGGCCCCAGACAUGUAUGUUGUGACCUAUAUUGGUGACAAAGACAGUCGAGCAGUGAUUCGAGAACACGAGUUGUCUUUUGAAGAAGGAGCAAUUAGAGGUGGACCAAAGGCUUCAAGACUUCGGAAAGAUUUCCCUGUAAAAUUCAAUGUUCUGCUUACGUCGUAUGAACUUAUCAGUAUUGAUGCUGCUACAUUAGGCUCUGUAGACUGGCAAGUUUUGGUUGUGGACGAAGCUCAUCGUUUGAAGAAUAAUCAGUCAAAAUUUUUUCGAAUUCUGAACUCUUAUAAAAUCAACCACAAACUGCUUUUAACUGGAACUCCACUUCAGAACAACUUGGAGGAACUUUUCCAUUUGUUGAACUUCAUGAGUGCACAACGAUUCAAUGACUUGCAAGGGUUCUUGAAUGAGUUUGCAGACUUAACCAAAGAAGAACAAGUUAAGAAACUCCACGAUCUCCUUGGCCCGCACCUUCUGAGGAGACUCAAAGCUGAUGUGUUAAAGAACAUCCCAGCCAAGAGCGAGUUUAUUUUGAGAGUCGAGUUGUCGCCAAUGCAAAAGAAAUAUUAUAAAUACAUCUUGACUCGUAACUUUGAAGCCCUAAAUGCCAAAGGUGGAGGCCACCAGGUGUCACUGUUGAAUGUCAUGAUGGACUUGAAGAAAUGUUGCAAUCAUCCGUACUUGUUUCCUGCAGCUGCCCUU